AUGUCGCUUGGUUUAAAACGGUUCUUCUCUUUGACCGGUGCAUUGAGGUCGCACAUCGGUAGUGCAGCAGUGUAUCUAACGCCUCAGACAAAGGUUAGUGUUCAACCGCUAAUAGUCCCUAAAGUAAUCCGUAAGGGCAACAAAUCCAUGUCUCUAUCCAAAAUUACUACUAUUGAAGGCCCUAAGGGCCGUAUCGAGAUGGAGAUCCCAGAUUUUGUGAGUGUGAAACUGGAGGACGACAAUGCCAAACUUACCGUAUCCGUGGUGAACCCUGAGGAGAAAAUGCAGAGAUCCAUGUGGGGUACCGUGAGGUCGCAUCUAAAUAAUCACAUCAUUGGUGUCAACGAGGGCCAUUUGGCUUCGCUGAAAUUCGUAGGUACCGGUUACAGAGCACAAUUGGAGCAGAAUAACACGUUUGUCAACGUCAAAGUUGGCGCCUCCGUUAUGCAGGGACUUACAAUACCAGAAGGGAUUACUGUAAAGUCUCCAGCGCCUACCUCUUUGCUGAUCGAGGGCUGUAACAAGCAACAAGUUCUCCUAUUCGCUGCAAAUCUGCGGAAAUUUCACCCCCCAGAGCCAUACAAAGGUAAGGGAAUCUAUGUAAAUAGCGAGACCAUCAAAUUGAAAGACAAGAAGAUCAAAUGA